CAAAGUGCCGGCAGUUGAGUGUCAAAGUGUAAGCGCAGCCAACUUUGCUCACUUCUUUCUUUCCUAAACUCUGAAGAUGUCGAAUAUCAAGAGGAAGAAGACCAGGAAGCUGCGUGGUCACGUCAGCCACGGUCAUGGCCGUAUUGGCAAGCACCGUAAGCAUCCUGGAGGUCGCGGUAACGCUGGUGGCAUGCACCAUCACCGCAUCAACUUCGAUAAAUACCAUCCUGGUUAUUUCGGCAAGGUUGGCAUGAGGAACUUCCACUUGCGUCGCCAGCACAAGUUCAGACCCGAAAUCAAUCUGGAUAAACUCUGGUCCCUCGUCGGUGCUGAUAAAUUCGCCGAGCUCGAGAAGGACAAGAGCACAAAGGCUCCAGUUAUCGAUUUGGUGCAAUUUGGCUACUACAAGCUGAUGGGUCGCGGUCACUUGCCUGCUCGCCCCAUCAUUGUCAAGGCCAAAUACUUCUCCAAGAAGGCUGAGGAUAAGAUCAAGAAGGCCGGUGGUGUCUGCUUGUUGAGGGCCUAAGUUUAAGAUAUUCCUCUACAAUUAAACGUAAUACAUUCGACCAUCAAAAAUGUAUUUGUUUUUUAAUAAAUUUAAAAAGAAAAACAAAAA